GAUUACUAUGUCAAUUUGAGGCUAGUAGUACCCCGGCCGCCCGGACUCAGCCCUCGGCACGCUGCUCUGGCGCAAGGAAUUCAAGACGGGUGAGUGCCGAGACUGCAGCCCUUAUGCGGGCUCGCCAGCUUAGACCCGCUGAGGGGGUGAAGGCCUGUUGAUCAUCAACCGCUGUGCGUGGCGGAGCCCGGCACGCCGCGCCAGCAAACGUCCAUAGCUGCUCCACGGCUCAUCUUGUAUACACAAGAGGGCCUGAUGAGCGCCAUCACUGCGAGGCCUAGCAGCGGACUCUCAGGGCGCGUCCUGAGAGCGACCACGAUGGCUGCCCCACGCCCCCUCCUCCAGCAACCAACGCUCGCAGCCCCUCGCGGCUUCCCCCAGCCCGACAACGAGCACGCAACCCGCCAGCCUGGACUGCAGCACCCGCGGCAUCCCCACACGCUCACCAUCGGCGAGUUCGACGGCCGCACCCUCAGCAGCGGCCGCAUGUACAUCGCCGGCAACGACACCUCGGGCAAAAGUAUCUUGGUGAGCGACCCGGCGUGACGCGUGUAUGACACCCUAGGCCCUGUUUGUUGGGACUAGGGAGGGGGGCUGUGCACACGGGGGAGGCACCCUAGGUGAAAAAGUGCAUUUCUGGACCCUUAUAAAAACACCCUUUGGCAACUUGCGCAGUCACCAAAAUCGGGCAGCAGGUUCGUUAGGAUGUGCAAACACUUGAUGUUCGGAUCCCUGCGCAAGUUGCCAAAUAUGGUGAAAUAUGUCAUGCAAGAUGGGGGGUACGAAACGUGUCAGAAGGGGGAAUCACUGACCCCAGACUUCAGCGGAUCCCUCCUAAAAUCUUAUGAAGCAUGGCGGACACUAUUCAUAUGGAUUCUGUGAACUCAGGGGGGUGAAAUAUUAUGCGGGCUGGGAGAACAACCCGCGUGUUUGUCCGCACAGGUGGGCACGCAUGGACCAAAACGUGUCCAAACCGACAUGCGUAUUCUAGCCGGUCGACUAGCUAAAGCUUCUAUUGUAUAUGUGUAUAACGUGAAGCGAGUAGACAGGGGCUCAGAUUAGCCUGUCUGUCCGCACAUUGAAAGCAUGUUGCCCUGGAGGGCACGAAUUCCAGCAUCCUUUGCUGCCGUCGAUUUAUAAAGAUCAGCGGAUGUUAUAAAACUACUUAUUGAACGAAGAGGAUGCCUCCUCGCGAUCCCGACUCCAGGUCACGACUAGUCUCCAAAGGGUUGCUUUGAGCCUAAAUCGCACGUUGGAAGACUUUAUGAUUGCUAAGCGUUAGAUUGAGCCUUGUAUCGGAGCUACAGGGUCCGUUGGCGCAAAGCAUUUAACAUCUAUUUGCACGAUCGUCGGCAAACGUUAAUGUCUACUGAUAUCUAUGAUA